AUGUGCACCAGCGGCCAGAUUAUUGGGAGCCUCUUGGUGCUCUCUGUGCUGGAGAUAGGGCUGGGGGUAUCCAGCGUGGCCGUGGGGGCGGUCAGCUUCAGCCUGGCCCUCCGAGAGCACAAGCCGCAGCUCGGAGACUCGUCCCCGUUCCUUCUUUGUGGCAUAUGUGGAAUAUUGUGCGCCAAAAAAAAAUCUGGACUUGUCAUGAUCCUUUUCUCUGCCUGCUGCAUCUGUGGACUCAUUGGGGGCAUCCUGAAUGUUCAGUUCCUUCGGGCAGUGACAAAGAAAACCUCUUCCCUCUAUCCUCUGCAUCUUGCCUCCAUGUCCCUUGCGUGCAUCGGGAUCGGCGGCUGCACCCUCUCUUCCUGGCUAACUUGUCGACUAGCCAGCUACGAACAGAGGAGGAUGUUUUCGGAGAGGGAGCACUCGCUGCACCACUCUCAUGAAAUGGCUGAGAAAGAAAUGACAGACAACAUGAGCAAUGGAGGACCACAACUGAUAUUUAACGGAAGAGUAUAA